CGCGCCUGCAGCCAAACUGAACCCGUACACCAGAGCCCGCAUGUCGGAGGCCUGGCAGCAGCAUGCAGUCGCUCCCCCUCAAGUCGUCCAUACCCUCCCGCCAGGAGCCGAGAACGCACUGGGCUGUGCUGUGUAUGGUAUCGUCCUGCAGCAAGACGCUACAUCUCUGCAGCAGCAGAACCAGCACGGGCAGCACGGGCAGCACGGCCAGCAGCACCCCGGGAGUCAGCAGCAUGGAGGCGGGCAGCACGGACAGCAGCAGCAGCAGCACCCUGCUCAGGCCCAGACCUCCCUACAAGUAGGAGGAGAGGGGGUGCACAAGUGCGGGGCUUGUGGACACGACAUCUCCCACCUCGCAAACCCGCUUGAACAUCAGUGCAUGAUGACGCAGGACAGGUCGUUCCAGUGCACCCAGUGCCUGAAGAUCUUCCAUCAGGCGACAGACCUGCUGGAGCACCAGUGCGUUCAGGUGGAGCAGAAGCCGUUUGUGUGUGGGGUGUGUAAGAUGGGUUUCUCCUUACUCACCUCACUGGCGCACCACCACACGUCACAUAACAGCAGCAACCCAAUGAAGUGUUCAAUAUGCGAGAAGACGUACCGACCCGGUUCUUCUGGCAACACGACACCCACCUCCUCAAAUAACUCCCAGCAGCCCAGCAGCGACGCGGCUUCAGCCAGUAGCAGCUCGUCUAUUCUACCUUUCCCCUCCGCUCGAGACCGUCCGUACAAGUGCUCCGUCUGCCAGAAAGGCUUCAAGCACCUGUCAGAACUCACGCGGCACGAGAGGGUGCACACGGGAGAGAAACCCUUUAAAUGUGACACGUGUGACAAGGCGUUCAGCCAGUCCUCGCACCUGCAGCACCACCAGCGCACACACAGCAACGAGCGCCCGUUCAAGUGCGCCGUUUGCGAAAAGAGCUUCAAGCACCGCUCCCACCUCGUCCGCCACAUGUACGUGCACUCUGGCGAGCACUUGUUCAAAUGCAAUUUGUGCGAGUUGCAUUUCAAGGAGUCGUCGGAGCUGCUGCACCACCCCUGCCACCCGCAGGGCUCCCGCCCGUUUCGCUGCGCCACGUGCGGGAAGGGCUUCAAGCGGCCGUCCGACCUCCGCCAGCACGAGCGCACGCACUCGGAGGAGCGGCCCUUCCACUGCGACGAGUGUCAGAUGAGCUUCAAGCAGCAGUACGCCCUGGUGCGCCACAGACGCAUGCACAAAGACCCCUCCGACCGGCCCUUCAAGUGCAACCUGUGUGACAAAGGCUUCAUGCAGCCCUCCCACCUUCUCUACCAUCAGCACGUCCACGGCAUGGACAACCUCUUCAAGUGUGCCUCGUGCCAAAAGGAGUUCAGCCAAUCAGGGGAGCUGCUCAGACACAAGUGCGGCGAGUCGUCCAACACCUCGCCCGACAAGCCGUACAAGUGCGACGUUUGCGGGAAGGGCUACAAGAAGAGCUCCACGCUGCAGCGGCAUCAGAACUCGCACUGCCAGGAGAAGCCGCUCAAGUGCUCGCUCUGCGACCGCCGCUUCCUGUCCUCCUCGGAGUUUGUCCAGCAUCGCUGCGACCCGUCCCGGGAAAAGCCACUGAAGUGCCCCGACUGUGAGAAACGUUUCAAAUACUCGUCAGACUUAAACAGACACCUGCGAGUGCACACGGGCGAGAAGCCGUUUAAAUGUGACCACUGCAAUAAGGGCUUCAAGCAGCGGGAGCACCUGACCAAGCACCAGAGCACGCACUCCCGGGAGGGCCAGUUCAAGUGCGUGUGGUGUGGGGAGCGCUUCAGUGACUUGGGCUCUUUACAGGAUCACACAGUGCAGCACACGGCCGAUGGAGGCGGUUACAACGUACAGCAGUGCAUAUGAAUCUUUGACCUCUUUUUUUUUAAUAUACAUUUCUUUCUUUUUUUCAAUUGAACAUCAAGAACCCGAAAGACUUCUAUCAUCCUCCCUGUCUCUUAUGGGCAGUUUAUAAAGCUUAACAUCGCUCUCGUUUAGGGUCAUUCUGUUUUAUCAUCAUUAGAGAUGCA